AAUGAUGAUGGGUAUCACUGGCGCAAGUAUGGAGAGAAGCAGGUGAAGGGCAGCCCUUACCCUCGCAGCUAUUACAAAUGCAGCCAGCAAAAUUGCCAGGUGAAGAAGAUUGUGGAGCGCAACCCCGAGAACGGAGAAGUAUCCAAGUCCGCCAGCAAGGGGGUGCACAACCAUGCAAAGCCUGGAGGGUCACAAGGGGUGGGGACUAGCGGCCGAGGGGGGCGCUUUCAGGGGAGGGGCAGGGCGGCGCAGACAUCCUCCUUGAUGAGAGUGCAGGUGCAGCGGUCGGACAACAAGCAUGUGGUGGAGAGCAGAACAGACCAGGACAGCAUGGAUGACGGCUACAGGUGGCGGAAGUAUGGGCAGAAGAUUGUGAAGGGCAACCCGCAUCCUCGCAGCUACUACAAGUGCACGGUGGCGGGGUGCACAGUCAGGAAGCAUGUCGGGCGAUCAGCGACGGAGGCCGGCGUGUUGGUGACAUCCUACGAGGGGCAGCACAACCACCCGCAGCCG